CACAUCGAUUAACAACUGAAGCUGGUGUAAUUGACCUGAAUCAUAUUGUCAAUUAUCCAGUGAAGGCUGUAACAGUGCACAGAACAACCCUCAAGAAUGAUAUGAUUCAACUCUUUCAAGACCCAGACACACUUGGUAGUCUUUUAAUGUUUACUGUAAUAGGUUUUGAUGGUUCGGCUGAAAAGGGUGAAGGUGUAGGUGUAGCUAGGGAUGUUCUCACAAGCUUUUGGCAGGUUUUCGUUGAUUCAUUGGCUGUAGGUGUGCAGGAAAAAGUUCCCUCAAUAAGGCAUGACCAUCAAAAAAUGCAGUGGGUUGCAAUUGUUAGAAUUCUUAUUUAUGGUUACCUCAGGGAAAAAUAGUUUCCAAUUUCACUUUCCUUAGUAUUUGUUGCUACUUGCUUGUUUGAAGAAGAAAGUUUAACAAAUCAUGACCUACUACAAUCGUUUCGAAUGUACAUCUCAGACGAUGAGCGUGAGACCUUUGACAAGUGUUGCAAUGGAGAAUUGUCUCCUGAUGAUGAAGAAGUGCUAGAGCUAUUAAGUUCGUACAAGUGCCACUGCAUUCCAAAUGCUGAAAAUAUUAGGUUGAUUUUUUCUGAACUUGCACACCAAGAACUAAUUCAAAAGCCAAAAUAUGUUGUCCACUGUUGGGCCCCCCAUAUUCAAACAUUAAAGUCUUUCCCCCCAUUUCAAUCCAUAGAAGUGCUGAAAGAAAUGUACGAUGAAAAGCGGCCAAGCAGUCGUAAAGUAAUAAAACUGCUUAAGUGCGUUCCAGCUAAUGAUGCUGAAAACCAAUGUUUGGAUCACUUAAAACGGUACAUUAAGUCUUUACAGGGUCAGUCUUUAACACGGUUUCUUCAAUUCACUACAGGUAGCGACUGUAUGGCAAUAUUGGCGAGGGGUUACUGCAUGCAUGUAUUUCUAGUACUAUUUUAAAUCAACGGUUAGGUAAAUUUAGCAUUGAUAGAAAUGCUAAAUGCCGGAAUCGAUUCCAGUCAGGCCACAGAACAGCUGACCACAUUUUUGUCUUAAAAACAAUAAUUGACAAACACAUAAAUCAGAAAAACGAAAAAAUCUAUGCAUGCUUUGUGGACUUUAAAAAAGCCUUUGACUCUGUUUGGCAUGAAGGCCUAUUUUUAAAACUACUUGAAAACAAAAUUGAUGGUCAUUUCUACAACCUUAUUAAAAGUCUAUAUUCAACCUCUAAAUGUGCCGUAAAAGAAAGCAAAAUAAAUCGAAAUGAAUUUUUCUCUUACUCCAAAGGAGUGCCUCAAGGGUGUAUUUUGAGCCCCCUUUUAUUUGAUAUCUAUAUAAACAAAAUUAGCAACAUUAUUUGAUAAUACAGCUGCUGGUCCAUUUAUACUACCAAAUGGGAGUAAACUGAGUUGCCUUCUAUAUGUCAAUGACUUAAUUUUAUUAUCUCAAUUAAGAUUCGGCCUACAAAAAUCUUGGAGAUAAAUUUGAAGAAAGCAUAUAAUGAUAUUUGAAAAAAGAAAAACAAGAAAAGCAAGACCAAUUUUUAAUCUUCGAAAUCGGAACAUAAAAAUCGUACAGGAAUACUGUUACCUUGGAGUCAAACUAAAUAACAAUGGUAAUUUUACUCUAGCUCUAAAACAACUAAGAGUUUUAAAAAGCCUUGCAUGCUUUAUACGGUAUAAGAAGACAGCUCAAUUUUAGCCAUCUCAAUCCCAAAUAUGCCAUUAAAAUAUUUGACAAUUAUAACUCAUAUCUUACUGUACAACUCGGAAGUAUGGGGGGGGCAUACAUGAAAAAUGAUUUCAACAACUGGGAUAAAUCACCAAUUGAAAAAGUUCAUCCUAAGUUCUGUAAAAUUUACCUCGCUAUCAGUAGGAAAGCAAGUAACAUUGCCUCCAGAGCUGAGCUUGGAAAAGGGUCUUCAAACAUAUCAAUCGCUUAAACUCACUUCCCCCAAACAACCAUUGCGAAGCAAGCUUUUCUAUAAUCUCGAAAGAUCUGCACUCCAAGCAGAAAACGUCAUUUUAUGGAAAUGCAAUGGAUACUGUCAAAAAUUUAAAUCUAAAUGAAGAAAUCCUUAAUUUAGAAGCCGUAAGACUGAACAUAUUAAAACUAUUACCAAAACCCUUGAGGAAAAAUACUUAACAUUUUGGAAACAUAAACUCGAAAAUUCAUCCAAACUGACUUUCUACUCAACAUUCAAAACAAACCACAACCUCGAAAACUACUUAGUACUUAUACUAGAAAAUACAUGCAUGCAGAAACCCUCGCCUUGCUGUCAAAACCAUUGUAUUUUCCGAACAUGAACUAUCUAGAGUAGUUGUCAUGGUAACACGAUAAUUUUUUAAGAAUAUUCUUACAAAUCGCCUAAAAAUAUCACGUUUAAUUACAAAAUUAUCAAUUUCCCAAUAUAUAUAUGUUAGAUAUGUUAUUGUACGUAAUAUAAGCUUCAAUUUAAGGUAAAAUUCAACCACAAAUGCUUCGCAAAACGUUUUAAUUAAAAUGCUCUUCAUAAAACUAAACUGCCUUUAAUUAAAUGGCUUUGUCGAUAAACUUUGAGUUUGCGAUAAAAUGAUUUCAAAUUCUCGCUUACAAAUAACUUUGCUUUCUUUUUUAUUUAACAAAUUCAAUAUAAUAAAUUUGCUUUCUUUUUUAUUUAACAAAUUCAAUAUAAUAAAAAAGGGAAUCAAUAUUAAAGAUAUACUGAAAUUAUAUGCUGUCUUGUUUAGUUGUUUCAUAUAUGCAAAGGCUGUCUGGUUUUAAAUCCAUUAUAAAAUAAUAUUUAAAACAAACUUAUCUUUGUUAAUGGUGGCUCCCUUCUUUUAGCCGAUUCUUUCGCCCUUUCUUUAUGAGAAAACUUUUGAAAUUUACAAAAUCUUGCAAAAAUGCAAGCAAAAAAUUCAUCAAUCAUCAAAUCAAGAAAUAUUUGCUAUUUCGCUGUCAUCAUGCAGUCGUUAUAAUGUAAACUUUAAACUGGACCAGUCGGUGUCUGCUACUCAUGACAGUCCGCCAUAUUUCUGAGAUCAGUGAGGAUGAUCACCCAUGGUUUGGUCACCCACGCCCAUAAUUGAUGAACUUUAGACUUCCCUAAUGCUUUUGUUUCCCCGGGUGUAAAUAGCCGGGGGCAAUUAGUACCCUCGCACGGCGCUUUGCACCGUCGGCUCGGGGGAAAAGAUCCAUACAAAUGAAAAUGUCUUUCAAGAUUUAGAGUCCACAACCAUAACCUCCAAAUUGAGAUUGGGCGCUAUCAAAAUAUACCCAGUGAAGAACACUUAUGUAAAAUCUGCAAUUCAGGAGAGGUGGAAAAUGAAACCCAUCUCCUCUCUUGCAAAGCGUAUGAGCAAUCUCGUGCAAACCUUCAAAGUUCAUUAGAAAAUGCUUCAUCUGACAAGAUUAAUCUAAACUCUCAAACUCUAUCAGUGGACAUAAUGAAGUCAACUGAUAGUGAAAUCAUAACCAAACUUUCAAAAUUUGUUUAUUCAUGUUUCGAGCAAAGACUUAAAUACCUUGAAACCAGGAAUGCAGAUUAGCAAAGGUUGUAAUAACCACCUUAUUUGUGAAUAGUAUACCAAUUGUCUUCUUUCCUCUUAAUUCUUCUUAAUAUUGUAUUAGUCUAUUAUAAAUCAUUCCACAAAUAGUAAUCUGAAAUAGUCCUAGUUUAUCAUAGUUUCUUCUAUAUAUUGUUUGUAAUGCUUUAGCAAUACUGUAAAUUUAUGGUCAUGCUAAUAAAGUUAUUAAUUACCUUACCACUAAUUAUGUGUAUUAUAAUUGUUUCAAACGUCAUUAAUAAUUCAUAAGCUUAUUAAUUGGCAAAUCAUGUCAAACAAUAAAACACUCCUAAUUAGUAUUCUUUAUCUAUAGAAUACUAAUAAGGCAGCAUCUAUUGUGGUCAUGUCCUCAUUAGUAUUCUUUAUAUAAAGAAUACUACGUCACUUUAAUUUUGUCAAAUUUGAAAUUUUUGCCUAAGUUUGCUCUUUAGCUUACAUGCAAGCCCUACAUUUAUUGCCUAAGUCAAUUGACCAAUAAAAUCGCUUGUACUUGCAAUACAAUAUUUUUACCUAACUCAACGUGUGACAUAGGCAAGAAUUAUGUUAUAAAAUGGCUUGAAGAUCUCUGAACUGUUCCUUCACAUUACUGUCACAACACCCCUGCUUAUGAAAAUAAGUUAUGAAAAUAAGUUUCUAGAGCCUGGCAAGCAAGCUGCAGAAGAUAAUGGUCAGAGCAGUAUGUAUGAAAGUCUUCAAUGUAAUCUUUCAUCAAUUGAAUUAUUCCAUCUUCAUUCCCAGGAAAGACCAAUGUGACACUUGCAUCAGUGCUAAACAUGGCAACAUUGAUGAGGUGAGCUAUGAAGCCCAUAUUAAAGUGAAGGAUGAGGCCAGAGCUGAAAAAGCCAAGGAUACGGAGAAUGCAGGUUUGAAAAAAUCAGUGUGGACUAUUGAUGUCCGAGCAGUAUUCCUGUUGCCAAAAAUUAAAGCUAGUGCACUUUACUAUAAAACAAAGCUGCAGGUGCACAAUCUCAGCUUUUACAAUCUGAAAACCAAAGAAUGA